AUGCGUAUACAUCGCCGCGAGGCUGAGACAUCUGGCCACAAGCCCAAGGCCAGCAUCAUUCUGCAGCCCUGGAGGCAUCCAGAGGCUGAAAAGAAAAUCCCAACUAAGACGCAUGCCGCGUCCGAUCAGGUGGAAAAGAUGGCCGAAUCAUUGCCACUGGAUAAAUAUCUCAGAGCGCGGUGCCGUUAUAAAAGAGAUGACUGUCAAUGGGAUUCUGAUAGGUUGCCUUCUCUCUUGUGA